AUGCCUGUGAGGGCACCUCUAGAUUGCCUCAAGGUAGGAGCAGCUUUCAUGGGUAUGCCACGUCUGGCAAACCUCACGAUCACAGAAUUGUCUGACAGUCAGGAAUUCGUGGAUGAAUUUUGUCAUCUCGGCGAUGGCAUUUUGGCUCUCUCUUCUUCCUUACGAUCGUUGAACAUCAGUAUCAGCAACUGCAACCGGGCAGAAGGUUGGGAAAAAGAUGAAGCAUUCGUGGAGCCCGGGGAUGUUGCUUUCUUUUUCAAGAAGUUCUUUCUCGAGCCUUCUUGCGAUCGAAUUGAGGCACUAGUCAAAGCAAGAUACAAUGAUCCACGGGAGCCUCCGGACGUCAACAUACUCCGGAGCUCCAAAGGUUCGCUGAAUCUUGAGCGCAUAUGCUUGAAAAAUAUUGGCUUGCCAUGGUGGUCCUUUCAGACAGUGUUCAAUCCAAAAACCGUAAAAGAACUCAAUCUGCCAACAUGUCGAGUGGCUCCAAAUGUCUGGGAUGAUCUCGGAGAGCAUGCACAAGUCCACAAGGUUGCAAACAUCAAUUAUGAGAUGCUUUCCGGUCCUUUCAUGAGUUUCCUAUCAACUCAGCACAAUCUCCACUUCCUCUCAUUCGCACGGCCACCGGACAUUUACAACGUAGCUAACAUCAGGUCCAAUUUGCUAGAUACUCGGGUUGAUGUUGCUUCCUUCUCGGUCACAAAAGCAGCGCCUCAUCUGGGAAAUGGUACGGAAUGGGGUAGAGCUUGUGCCAGAAAUGCCUGGUUGCUGCAAUCAAAAGAAUCCUGGAUCCAGCACGAACACCUAAUCCAGUCUCCAAGUUCCUGGAGCUACUUCGAAGACCUCAUACGUUCUCUGAAUUCGUAUUUCCAGUGCCAGUAUCCAAGGAAGUCAGAUUUCGUGAAGGCUUUGAGCACCAAGACAUCGUUGAAGCAUCUGGUGCUUCCUGCCGACAUGUUCGACAUCACACCGAAAUUCAUGGCAUGUCUCGCGAUCGAACUACCAGCACUGGAGAGCAUUGAAUGGGGCUUCGACUAUGCAUGUCCGGAACUUCGCGCAUGCUUCAUAAAGAACUUUCUCCCCAGCCAUCCUCGACUCAAGAAGAUCACGUUCUUAUCCUUAAACCGACCGCAUCCCCUCUCACACUUCGACGCGAAUGAGUUCCACUCAGCGUUCGCAAAUGGGUCUUGUGAUCUAGCCCCAGCAGUCCUCAAGUAUGUUCGUUAUCGUGAUUUGAACGGCAAGUCGUAUAAGGGCAAAUUCACGAAAUCGGAUGUCUACUACCAUCGAAAGACCAUGGCCAAUGGGACUUGGUGGCUGAAAAUUCCCGCGAGGAAGGCAGAUAGUAUGUUCGAGGAUGAAAUAACACCGAACAUCUGA